UUGAGUCUCCGGGUGGAAGAGCAACAGAUUCUAAGAGUUCAUGACUCAUCACUUGACAAAAGUAGAAAAAAUCCUGUGCUGCAGAUGAAUGGAGUUAGGUUGGCUGGUUGCUGCUGCUGCUGCUUGAUGAUUGGAUACCUGGGCACUGAUAAACACACAACCAUCUCAUGUCCCCAAGACAAUGGAUUCUGACAGCAGGUAAAGGAAACAAUAUGAAGAAGUUCCACUUACUAAAUACCGGACUAACUCAGAGGACAUGAGGACUGGCUCUGACAACUAAGGACUGGCCGGGGGUGUAAGGGAGCUGAGACAAGUGGAGAAAUCACCUUGUGUCGGGUGCAGCAGGACUGCGCUAUGAUUCUCCCUGUGGUGGUUUUGCCGGUGCUCCUGCUGCUCUCUGGACCCAAGUCCUCUCUCCAGGGAGACCCUCAGGAAAUCGGAAACAGUGAUGAUUUCCUGGAGAGAGAGUUUGUCUAUGCACCAAAACGCCAAAAACGUGCUGUGGUUGACCACAGUGUUUCCCAAAAAGACAAAUGUUCUUACACCUUUAUUGUCCCUCAGCAGAAAAACAAGGGGGCCAUCUGUGUGAACUCCAAGGAGCCAGAGGCCCUGCUGGAGAACCGGGUCAAUAAGCAGGAGUUGGAGCUGCUCAACAGUGAGCUGCAGAAGCAGCGAAAGCAGAUUGAAGCGCUGCAGCAGUUGGUAGAGGUAGAUGGGGGGGUCAUCAAUGAAGUCAAGCUACUGCGCAAAGAAAGCCGCAACAUGAACUCCAGAGUUACACAGCUCUAUAUGCAGCUGCUGCAUGAGAUUAUCCGCAAACGAGACAAUGCUCUUGAGGUUUCACAGCUGGAGACCCGCGUGCUCAACCACACAAAUGAGAUGGGGAGGCUCGCCUCACGCUACCGCAACCUGGAACACAAGUACAAGCAGCUGUCAGCCCUCGCAGAUAACCAGAGUGCUCUCCUGGUGCAGCUGGAGGAGCACUGUAAGCGGUGGGGAUACUCCUACAGUAUGGUGCAGGACAGGAGCCGCCCGGGCCGAUCACAGCCUCCUGCCAUCCCUCAGCUUCCUCUACAGAUGCCUGCAUUGUCUCCUGGAGGCUACAGACCCUAUCACCCACCUCCCUUCACCCGCCACACCAACAACCCCAUGACUAAUGAGAUACAGAGUGACCAGAACUCCAAAGCAUUGCCACCUCCACCUGCCACAAUGCCAAGUGCUACAUACAGCUUUACAAGCCAGUCCUCUGGUCCUUUCAAAGACUGCCUCGAUGCUCUGGAGGGCGGAUACAUCACCAGUGGUAUGUACCUCGUGAAACCGGACAACAGCAACCAACUCAUGCAGGUUUGGUGUGACCAGAGACACGACCCUGGUGGCUGGACUGUUAUUCUGAGACGUCAGGAUGGCUCUGUGAACUUCUUUAGAAACUGGGAGACGUACAAGCAAGGGUUUGGAAACAUUGAUGGUGAACACUGGCUAGGCCUAGAAAACAUCUAUUGGCUGACCAACCAGGGCACUUACAAGCUGCUAGUGACUCUGGAAGACUGGACCGGACGCAAGACCUUUGCAGAGUACGCCAGCUUCCGUGUUGAGUCUGAGGCUGACUUCUACAGGCUGCGAGUGGGCCGAUACCAUGGCAACGCUGGAGACUCUCUUACCUGGCACAACAGCAAGCAGUUUACCACAUUGGACAAAGACCAUGACGUCUAUGCAGGUAACUGUGCCCACUACCAGAAGGGAGGAUGGUGGUAUAAUGCAUGUGCCCAUUCCAACCUGAACGGCGUGUGGUAUCGUGGUGGGCAUUACCGUAGCCGUUACCAGGACGGGGUCUACUGGGCCGAGUUCAGAGGAGGAGCUUAUUCUCUGAAAAAAGUGACCAUGAUGAUACGAGCCAAUGCAAACACCUUCCAUUAACACUUUAAUCAUUCAAAACUGAAGCAGGAAUCCUUGAUUGCAUCUUCAGUCUUCACUUCUUUUCCUGUUGGUUUCUUUUGUAUUCAUAAUCUAGCUUCAAAUUGCAAAGGCUCAUACAGUGAUGCAAUACGAUCCAUGCCAAAUCUUUUUUUUAUAUUCCUCCUACAGGUAUAGGUUUUGCUUACUGUAUGUUGUUCGGGGUCAUAAAGCGACAUUGCAAACACAGAAAUACAUCAAGUGGCUGUAAUAUCUUAUCCGUGUCUCCUGGUCUGUGUGUCCUUUUGUUGCACAUCACAAACUUCAAUAAAUAUAUAAAUAAAUAAUAACUAAUUAUAUUGGGAUCAGUUCUACAGGUGAUAAAUCUAGUUAUUUAUUUUUGAUACAAUGUUCUAGUAAGAUUUCAGUAAAUCUAUCACAUUCCCAAGAUAAUUUAUUUUCAAAGUCCUUUGCCUAAUAAUUUCAUCUUAUAUUUAGAAUUGACAAUAGUUAGUAAAACAGUGGAUUGAAUGUGAACAAAGUACAAAGUUCAACAUGCCAAAUAAAGUUCAACAGGUCAACUUCUCCAAUCUAAAUAACAGGACUGUGGAAUAUACAGCUAUCUGUAUCACGGAAUACACUAUGCAGGAUUCCUGAACUGAACUCCAUAUGUUGAUUGGAAUGAUUCUAUAAUGCUUGAUUGGUCUUUAUGGGGAGAUAAGUGGCAGACACUGCUCCUUGGAGAUGAUCUUCCUCACUAUAUCCUGAUCAACCAUGGUCUGGUUUGGGUGAAUACUCAAUUCUGCAGGGUGUCCAUAAAAAGUGAUAUAGGACACCUACUAAAGGAGUUCCGUUGAAACUGACUGUUAACCAUUCUAAAUGAAUGUGCUACGUAGAAGAAAAAGAAAAUGUGAAUCUGUUAUUUCCAACACUGUGUGGUGCUUUAGGGCCUGGUCCUCUGAACACCACAGGAUGGUGCUAACACACCAGCUGCAGGAAGUCAGUUACACUCUGAACUGACUUUGUUUCACAGCGAAUAACGUUAUCUCCCGUCCUGUUCACUGUUCAGGUCGCUACUUCAGGCUGCGGCCGACAGUAUACACGGCAGAUCAUUGUUCCUGAAAGUUUUGAUAUUGUUUUGGACAUGGCUGAUUGCUAGCUUGUCUUGUUGUUAAACACACGGUCACAUUAUAUUUACUGGUUGCCAACUGUACACAAUGUUACGGACUUAAAAUCUUGCUAGCAUAGCGUUAGUGUUCUAGCUCCUAGCUGUCUGAGCUGAAGGGUUCUACGAACUGAGCGGACUAUAUAUAUCUCCCGUUGCUAAGGGUGGCAAGUUGUAUCUAAGGCUUGUACGUUUGUAUAUGGAUACUGCAGCUUAAUAAGAGGUUCUGUAUCUGAUACUUUGGGCAGAGCCUGGCUAGCUGUUACCUCCUAUUUCCAGUCUCUAUGCUAAGCUAGGCUUACCACAUCCUGACUCCAGCUCUGUAAGUUACCAGCACUGAGGUUACAAGAUCCACCUCAUCUAUUUAAUAUGGAGAUUUUGAAAUAGAUAACAGCCUUUAAACAUAUAUAGGAAUUAACAACUACAAUUUUAUUGCAGGUUUUCCAGGUACAAGCAGCUCCAGUAUACUUAAGCAGUAAUUCAGUAAUUUCUUCUACCUACCCAAGAUCAGUCACUGUAUGAGAUACAGAUACAGUAUGUUCCAGGUAUUCUGUGUACAUAUAUGCGGUUUUAUUAACAUUCAUUUUUAUAGUCUGUAUGUUAUCAACAUUGCAAUAAACGAUAUACAACUCUG